UCUAUGCCAUUGGCAUUGUCAAAAUGGUUUUCAAACCAAAACAUUUAUCAGAUAUUGCUAAACUUUCUAUGGUUUUAAAAGAUUUUCAUUUAAAACCUGUAAAAACCUUAACUUUUUCGUUCGACCCAUUUGAGAGUAAUACCAAAUCAAUAAGGGACUGCCUGCAAAUUCUCACAUCUAAGAGAGUAAAACGAGAGGGCGCUCCUAGGUAUAAAAUAGAUGUGAGGUCCGACCGCAGCCAUCCCCAUAUAGAUGUAGAUUUCAAUGAUGGACACAAGAUCAUAUUCAAAACUGAACAUUUAAAACCGUACGAUGUUGUAUCAAGAUUGGAUGUGUUUUGUAAGGCAAAGGACACUUCCCUUGGUGAAGCAGAUAUAGCGCUUACCAAGAUGGCAGGAAAACAGAAGAGAAAGAAAUAGAAUCUAUUUUUUUAAAUAUUUUCUGGUGUUUAUCUUUGAAUAUUGUCAUAUUGAACCAAAGUGUUCCACAUUUAAUAAUGUUUUAAAUAAAAAGAACGAUGUGUUCCAGUAUCAGAUUAA